AGAUGCAGCGACUGUGUGUGUACGUGCUGAUCUUUGCGCUGGCCCUGGCCGCCUUCUCUGAAGCUUCUUGGAAGCCCCACUCCCAGCUGCCAGGUGCGCCCUCGGGUCCAGUGGCCAACAGGGACCUGGAGCAGCACUGGCGGGACCAGCUGAGUGCAGCCUCUCACCACCGAAGGCAGCUGGGGCCCCCGGGUCCCCCACACCUCGCGGCAGACCUGUCCAAGAAGCAGGGGCCAUGGCUGGAGGAAGAAGAGGAAGCUUACGGAUGGAUGGACUUCGGCCGCCGCAGUGCCGAGGAAGGGGACCAACGUCCCUAGAACCAGACUUCAGAGCCCAGACACCUCUCACCCACCCCAGCCCUUUCCAGUGAAAAUCAAAUAAAAAUAAACCAGUUUCCAAUGGAU